CCUCCUCCUCCCCCCUCCAGGUGACGUCACGCAGGCCCGGAGAGAGCGCGAGGCGGAGCAGCAGCCCCAGCAGUAACACGCAGAGCGCGGUGGACACAGCGGGAAGCUCGCGAGGACAGCCCGGAGCCCUACACCUAGCUAUAUCAUAUAUAGAGAGAGAGCGUGUGUGUUAUAGGCAGGCCUCGCAGCAAUAUGCAGCCAGCAUCUGCAAAGUGGUACGACAGGAGGGAGUAUGUCUUUAUUGAAUUCUGUGUUGAGGACAGCAAAGAAGUCAAAGUAGACUUUGAAAAAAAUAAAUUAACUUUCAGUUGUCUUGGAGGAGCAGAUAGUCUUAAACAUUUAAAUGAAGUUGAGCUUUUUCGGUCCAUUGACCCAAAUGAGUCUAAACAUAAAAGAACAGACAGAUCUGUGUUAUGUUGUUUACGAAAAGCAGAAUCUGGUCAGUCAUGGCCAAGGAUGACGAAAGAAAAAGCAAAGCUUAACUGGCUCAGUGUGGAUUUUAACAAUUGGAAAGAUUGGGAGGAUGACUCUGAUGAAGAUAUGUCAAAUUUUGAUCGGUUCUCAGAGAUGAUGAAUAACAUGGGAGGAGAUGAAGAUGUAGACUUACCAGAAGUAGAUGGUGCAGAUGAUGACUCACCUGACAGUGAUGAUGAAAAAAUGCCUGAUCUUGAGUAAGAAGCAGACACCAUUUUUGGGGAAGGGAGGGGGGGUGGAUGGGUAGAAAAAUAUUUCCUCUUGCUCUGCAACAAAUGCCGAUACCCAAGUUGUAAAUACAGUUACUGAAAUACUUCCAGUCAGUUUUUUUUUUUUUUUUUUUGUCUUUUGUCUAUUUUCACCAAUUGGCAUUCACCAAAGGUAGAGAUUGCUCAUACUGGACAUUUGAUCAAAUUUCCCACCGCAGUACUUCUAAUAUGUUUAGUAAACUUGAAAGGGAAGUAAUACUAUAAAUUAACUAGCCAUUAAUGCCUGAAUCAGACUGCAAAUCUAAAUUUUUCUAAAUGAGUAAUAUUAAACAGUUUGUAGAAUCAAACAUCCUGCUUUCUUCGCAAAAUACAGUUGAGUUAAUUUAAUGGAAUUGGUUUAUGGUUAACUUGAUAUAAAAGCACUCAAUCGGAUAUCAAUACUGCUGCAUAAGCAUAGGUUUACGUUAUAUCAGUGUAGACAUUGCUAUUACGUGAUCUACAUUUUAUAAAGUCUGCUAGACUAUACAAGUGACAGCUCUCCAGCUUUAUGCUGCUAUUGUAAUGUAUUUUGAUUUUGCCACUCUAGGUGACAUACUGUUGCAAUUAACACCUUCUGAAACAGUUAAGCAUCAGUAUAUAUCUAGUGUCGCUUUUAAUUGUGACAUCAUGUUUUUUUUCACAUCUGUGAAUGCUGAUGUCUCAUGGUUGUAUGUGAUGAGUUUUUUUUUUGUUUUGUUUUUGUUUUCUGCCUAGCGUACUAUAUUAGUUUGUGAAUUAAAUGCUAAAGGUAUACAAUCUUGGAACAAGUAUUAAUGAUUUUUGCACCCUCAUUCCUUUCACCCCCCACUGAUUAAAGCCACACCAGAGUAAACGUUAUGUUACUUCACAUAAGAAAGGACAGAAAAUAAAACCCUGAAAUUAGUAUAACUAAUACUACCUACCCUUUUAUCUGGCAGGCUUUGUAACUAUCCUCAAUAAAAUAGGGGAGUGAAUAUAAACACUGCUGUGCUUUAACCUGGUAAAUUUAAGUAUGGAAACAGUUUAAUAUAAUGAGUCCAAAUAGCAACUAAAAAAAGAAAUCCAGUUACAUUUAUGGGAUCCCUCCAUUAAAUCUGCCCAUGCAAACAAGUAAAUGAUAGGUAGAAGAGAGUGGGCAGAAUUAUUUAUACUAAUUGGCUGCCACUGCUUGAUAAGGAAAUACAAUUUUAAAAUGGCUCUAGUGCUUUUAUUACUCGUGCAGCUCAAAAUAGUUCCAGUGGAGUAAACUCUGGACUUACUCCAAUGUGGUGGUUAUGGCUUAUUGCUCUUUAAAGUGCCCUAGCACUUUAUCUGUGUAUGAAGUGCCUCAUUUACUAGCCAUGUGACAUCAACAUUCACUUUUACACUCAGUGUUACUUAAGAGAUUUGACUGCAUUAUAUCAAGAGAAUACAUUAACCAAAAAAAGUCUUAGUUUUAUUUAAAUGUAAGCAAUGUUUUGAUGCAGACCAAAAUCAUCGACCUAUCUUAAAAACCUAAUUUAUGUGGUUUCAAAUCUGCCUUUAAUGAUUUCAAAACUGUAUGGCUUCUGAAUUUGGCUUAAGGGCACACUCCCAGAACCAUAACUACUAUGGCUUAUUGUAGGGUUAUGGUACUUGGAGCUAUGGGUGUAGCCUCUAUAUGCUUGGAAGGGAGAGUGCUGUGGGUUGUUAUGUUUUGUGUGUGUGUUUUUUGGGGAAAAAACUGAGAAUUCCCUGAACUCAAAAGUUCACCCAUUUAUGAAAAUAACAAGGCAGUGUUGUGCCCUUGUUACUUGUAUAGGUUAGCCGGAAUUGGCCAGCUCAGAUACGUUUUAGCCUUCUCAAUGCUACCUAGUUUACACCGGUUAUGGUGCUGGUAAAAUUAACAGUGAUGCAGAAUGACUGAAUCCUUAGUUACUAGUACACAUAUUUUCAAACUGAGGAAGUGAAACCAUCAUGGCUGAUAGAGUGGGUUUUGAGUGCAAGGAAUCCUUCAUCAUUAACAGGAUGGGGCUGGGAGUGUCACUUUGAGGUUCAAUCUGUUUACAUCUUGUGUUAAGAGCAGAAAUUUACAUUUUGUGCAGAUUUAAUUUAUUAUGCACAUUGCAGACUUAUUGGUUGUGUUUUUCUAUGAAACUUCUCAAGCCGCCCAAUGAAAAUACCUAAACACUUGUUCUAGUUUGACCCUUUGGGAUCUCUACCUUUUUGCAGUGUAUGGCCACCUGUACAUUGUCCUCUCAUCAGUCUGUACAUUUAGACCAAAUUGUAUUUGCACUGUCAGUAUAUAUUAAAAAUGGAAAGAGUAACAAUGUUAA